AGUAACGUAAAAUGGAACGUUUCGUCGCGUUGCGCAAAAAACACGCAGGGUGGAGGGGGGCGCUAUAUAUACAAACAAAACACGUCAAUUUUAUAUAUGUACUUUGCUUUAUCUAUACAGAGUGCAACGAAACCUUUGUUUGUGUUGUGUUCAUCAUCUGGCGCAGUUCUCGAUUGUUGUGAUUAAAUCUGUGUUUUCGUCGGGCAAUGGCCGAGGCACCCGAGAGCGAGCCCGUGCCCUCCGCGAGCACCGAAUCUGAGAUCGCAGCCGCCCCUCCUGACGAGAAAGACGAGGAGGGCCCGCUGCCCGAAAAGCGCAGAAAGUUAGAUAAAGAGACGAGCGAGAAGCUCGAGCACAGGCUGGGCGGCAUCCUGUGCUGCGCGGUCUGCCUCGACCUGCCGCCCGCCGCCGUCUACCAGUGCAGCAACGGGCACCUGAUGUGCGCGCCCUGCUUCACGCACCUGCUCGCGGACGCGCGCCUCCGCGACGAGGCGGCCACCUGCCCCAACUGCCGCGUCGAGAUCUCCAAGACCUCAGCCUCGAGGAACCUGGCGGUUGAGAAAACGGUGUCCGAGCUGCCUUCGGAGUGCAAGUACUGCGCUCAGGUGUUCCCGAGGCACUCGCUACAGCAUCAUGAGGAGAAGAUCUGUGAGGACAGGCAGUACAAGUUCUCCCAAGUAGUAGUGGGCGCUCCGCGGCGCUCGUGGGGCGGGCUGGGGCGGCUGGCGCAGGGGCUGUACGCGCUCGCGGCGGCGCUGCGCCCGCGCGGCGCCGGCCCCGCCUCGUGGCCGCGCCCGUCCCCGCCGCCGAGGCGCAAGAGGUACCGGGACGCAUCACCAAACACUCAAGACAGUCCUAUCGACGACCGGCCUGGCCUAGUGGGUAGUGACCCUUGCCCGUGGCCGCGACUGACGGGUUGCCGCUACGCGUCCAUCGGGUGCGGCUGGCGCGGGCCGGCGCACGAGGCGCGCGCCCACGAGGCGAGCUGCGCGCACCCCGGGAAGAGUGCCGCGGAAGUGGUUGACGUGCUAGCUGAGAGAGAAAAGGCGGCGAGGGACGCUAACGCGGUCUACACACAAGUCCUUGACUUGCUGUCCUAUGAGAAGAUCACUAUUAAUGUCGUCCGUCAAGACGCUUUUUCUCAGGAACGCGUGGAGACUGAUAAUGUUCCUAACGUCGAAGUGAUCCCUCGGGGCUGCGCUCGAGCAGCGGUUCCUGCUGCGCACGCGCCGCUGCCUCCAACUCGUGCGGCGCUGCUUCCGGCCGGCCGGGAGACAACUCCACCGGUUCCGUGA